GGAGGGGGCAGCGCUGGCCGGUGGCACCGCGCGCGCCGCCCGCCAACGGACACGCCGCCGCCGCCGCGGGGCGCCGCCCGCCCGCCCGCCCGCGCCUCCCGAGGCGGCCGCAGGGCCCCGCGCCGCCCGUCCCGUCCCGUCCCGUCCCGCCCCGCCGCCCCCGCGGGACGAUGCCGCCCCGGGCCUGGCGCGGUGCGGGCGCUCGCCCGCUGCUGCUGGCGCUGCUGCUGGUGCGUCUGCCCCAGGGUGGCGGCCACAGAGCCACGGGGCCCCGGUUUUUAAUAAGUGACCGUGAUAGAGACCCUCAGUGUAACCUGCACUGCUCCAGGUCCCAAUCCAAGCCCCUGUGUGCCUCCGAUGGCAGAACAUACGAGUCGAUGUGUGACUACCAGAGAGCUAAAUGCCGGGAAUCAAGUCUGAGUGUGACGCAUCGUGGCCGGUGCAAAGAUGCUGGCCAAAGCAAGUGUCGAUUAGAGAGAGCUCAAGCGCUGGAACAGGCAAAGAAGCCCCAGGAAGCAGUCUUCAUCCCAGAAUGCAAUGAGGAUGGAUCAUUCACACAGGUGCAGUGCCAUACCUACACUGGAUACUGCUGGUGUGUCACACCUGAUGGGAAGCCUAUUAGUGGCUCUUCUGUACAGAACAAAACUCCUGUAUGUUCAGGUUCUGUAACUGAUAAACCAUCAAGCCAGGGUAACUCAGGAAGGAAAGUUUCUUUUCGAUUCUUUUUAACUCUCAAUUCAGAUGAUGGUUCGAAGCCAACGCCUACCAUGGAAACCCAGCCUAUUUUUGACGGAGAAGAAAUCACAGCACCCACCCUUUGGAUUAAGCACUUGGUCAUCAAAGAUUCCAAACUGAACAGUUCCAGUAUAAGGAAUUCAGAGAAAGUUCACUCAUGCGACCAGGAAAGACAAAGCGCCCUGGAGGAGGCAAGGCAGAACCCUCGAGAGGGUAUCGUCAUCCCUGAGUGUGCUCCAGGAGGGCUGUACAAACCAGUACAAUGCCACCAGUCAACUGGGUACUGCUGGUGCGUCCUGGUGGACACGGGACGCCCCCUGCCCGGUACUUCUACUCGCUAUGAGACCCCGGUGUGUGAAAGCGAUGCCAGAUCGAAGAGCACAGAGAUUGAUGAUCCAUUCAAGGACAGAGAACUUCCAGGCUGUCCAGAAGGGAAGAAAGUUGAGUUUAUUACCAGCUUACUUGAUGCACUCACUACGGACAUGGUACAGGCUAUUAACUCAGCAGCACCUGCUGGUGGUGGGAGGUUCUCUGAGCCAGACCCCAGCCACACGCUGGAGGAGCGAGUGGUGCACUGGUACUUCAGCCAGUUGGACAACAACAGCAGCAAUGACAUCAACAAACGGGAGCUGAAGCCCUUCAAGCGUUAUGUGAAGAAGAAAGCCAAGCCCAAGAAGUGUGCCCGACGUUUCACUGACUACUGUGACCUCAACAAGGACAAGUCUAUCUCACUGCAGGAGCUGAAGGGCUGCUUGGGAGUAAGCAAGGAAGGAGGUAGCCUGAGCAGUUUCCCCAAUGGAAAAAGACAAGGCCUUAACCCCUUCAUAGGCCGCCUGGUGUAGGAGCAGAAGAGGGGAAGGGAAUGGAAGAGCCAACCCCAAAGGAAAGAAAGAUACAGCAACAGACGGACAGACACCUUGCUGCUUGUGAGCAAGCAUGCAGCAUCAGCAACAUCCAACGUAGCAGAAGGGGCACCCAGAACGUUUGCACUUUUUAAUAAUUGGUUUGGGUUUGGGUAUGUUUUUAAUCUUUUCUCCAUGCCAUUAUCUAAUACUUUGAGGGGGGGGAGUGACAGGAUCAAGACUUUCUAAAAUUGGAACAGCUACUGAUGACUUAAAAUUGAGUUCACUGGGACUCAAAGAAAGAUUUUUAUAUACUGUAUAUAAAUAUAUAUGUAAAUUGUACAGUCGUCUUGUACAGGGGUUGGAGUCACUGUUCUGUCCCUCCCUUUGCUUUUGAAGGCUGUUAGAGGGACACUUCGCAUUUAAUGGAUUACAGUAAUGCAAUGAUUUCUGCCACCAAGCCAUCUUUUAUUUGCAGACUGAUCUCCUUAACAUCCCCAUGCACGUAGGAACAAGCAUAUCAGAAUGACUUGUGUUCACAGAUGUUCACACAGUGCCACAGCCAGAUAGCAAAUGCUUCCUGGGAGCAGCUGAACCUUAUCGGUUCUAAGUGCAAAGCCAUUUGCAAUGUACAGGCAUUGGAUUUUUGAGAGAGCACAGAUUACACCUAAUUAUUGGUGCACUGCAGAGCUGCUUAAAGUAGGCACAGAGAAGGGUUGUAUUAAGGAAAUACAAAGGUAGUUUCUGCACCUGUUGCAAUUUGGGCAGAAAUGAAUUGCAAACGCAUUACUGUCCAGGCUUAGAAAACAUGCUUAGCAAAUAUAUGCCAUGUCUUGGGAGUCUAAUGCUGUAAGGACAUGGGAGCUGUAGGUCCUAGCAGAGUCAACGGAAUGAAGUCACGUAUCUUCCUCCCUGACAAGGUGUUCAGCUAUAUGAUGUAUAACAACAAAAAGAUUGAGAAGUCUGCUAAAAACAGCAUCAGGCUGUCUACUGCUUUGCUGGAGAGCUAAGAACAUAUUUGUCAGUGCAGAAAGACACAAUCAUGCUGCUGAGCCCUGAGAGUCUGAUUUACGUGUGUUUCAAUUCUACAGCUUGGGCUGUGCUCACUGGUAAAGGAUUGUUUGCCGUAACAGUUCUUGCCUUUGCUGGUUGUGAAUCCCAAGCUCCUCUCCUGCUCAAUAGUAUGCCUGUCUAGCUUACAGUAUCCUUCACCUGAUUCUCUGGAAUCAGUACCUCCUGUGUUUUUUACUGCAGUGUCACUUUAAAAUAGCAGUGAAUGAUUGGAUUGAAGAGCCUGUUGCUCUUGGAGGCCACAGGCACUGUUUCAACUACCAGCCGUUUCUUCUGAAGUUAUUGCCUACUUAAUCAUAGAUGCAAUUGUAGAAUCCACAGUAGGGUGGGGACACACAUAUUAGCUGCCCUAGGUUUGAGCAGAGUGGGUCGUGUGUGAGGGGAAGCAUGGUGUUCUGCUUUGUCUGUUUCCAACCUCUGGCAGCACUUGCCAACUUGCAGGGGAUGUUCAGAGCAGCUUUCCUUUUCCCACCUGGGAAUCCUUGUGCCACUCAUCUCUGGACCAAGAACCUGCAGUCAGAGAUGGCAUCGUGCCAUGCUAAUAUGGGAUCACUCCAGCAAUUGCCUGUAGCAGCACUGCAUUACUGUAGAGACAGGGCUUGCCCUGUAAGGCUUUGCUGUUUUGGUAAAAGAAGUUGUGGCACAGCAUCUUCGUGCUGUGGGAUGUCAUUGUGAUGAUAGCAUGACAGAAACACAUCACAGCAGGAGUGUCCUGAUACAGCAAGUUAGAGCCAUGUUGCCAAAACUGAAAGUUUAAGAAAAUGAACAAUCUUUAAAUAACUGUUUAAUAGUAAUAAUAACGCUUCUUCUGGGAAGUAGAUUGGAACUGAUUAAAGCAUUUGACAUGAUUGAGAACACCCUUGUGACCUCUGAAGUGUACAUUUCACCAGCACAUUGUAAAGAAAAACUGUCCUCUUUAACAAGAGCAGCUCCUGCUGCUGGAUCUUCAUGGUUCCUCACACACAAUAGAUGCAUUUUUGUGGCCUACCACCUCCUAUCUUCUCAAUUGCAUCAUCUCUUUUAAAUACCUAGGAUGUGUUCUGUGUGUGUUGAAAUGAUUUGGUUUAGUAUAUAAUUAUAAAUGUCCCUGUCAUUCACUAAUCCUAUUGCAGGAGGGAAGAGUGAACUCAACUGUAUAAAAAAACCAACUCACCUUUUCCUUAGAUGCUAGUUUUAGGAAUUAAAAGCUCUGGCUUUUCUUUUUCUUUUUUUUGUAUUGUCUCCCUUUCUGUCCUUAUGGGAGGAGUUUGGGUCACAGCAUCCUCACUUGCUCAGUUUGCACAGUCCUCGGAGCAGCUUCUGGCAACACUUGUGUGAGGCCCAACCAGCGUGAUUGUGUGAUGUCUGGACAGGAGUUAGGUUACUUGUUCUGUGUUUGUGUGUGGGAAGUUCACACAGACCAUCCUGGUCCUGAUUCAUAAACCCUAUCCAAUCCAUUGUUCAGGCAGUUUGUGCUUGUUGACGUGCUCAUUGUCAGCACAGAGCAAUGCCUCAGCUUCUCUCUUUUCAUGCUGCUGUUCUUGCCAGAAACUGGCCAGUCCCCCUGGCUGGAGGCAGGUAUGAUCAAAAAUGUCCUUCUCUGGAGAUGGCAAGUGUGUUCUGCUCUGCCUCACAUCAAUAGCAUCCUGCUGAAGCUGGGAUAGGGUCUGAGUUAUACCUGAAAACAGACCCUGGACAUGUGUCUCCUCCCCCUACAAGUCCUCCUGGGCCCCUCCAGCUAUGCUGAGUUAAAGUGAAAGCAGCUGCAACAGAGAAGAGAACCAGGGAUCCACGGUGCAAGUCAUCUGCUCUUUCUGCCAGAGGCAAAAAGCCUUCCUUUUUUUGCUGAUUGUCCAGGGAAGUAGAGAGUUGGAGGGAACUGCAGUAAGAUGGGAUUCAUUUGUGUGAAGGCACUGCUUUCCAUGGCCUUUUGGGGGGGAAAUGAGGGGAACUGUUUCAAGUGCAAGAUAAAAUUUAUAUUGAACUUACCCUGCCCUAGCACGUUUCUGCCUAUGGCAUUGUUUGUUAGAAUGAAAGGCAUCUGUUUGAUUUUGGUUUUGUAAUAAAAUAGAUAACUUUUG